CGGCUUGCUGUUCUUUGCAUUGCGUGGCAAUGCUGUAGCUAUGUUUAGUUACAUACCAUCUCGAAUUUUUGUCAUGCAGUCGUAGUGUGACUCAGUCAGUAUCGCCUGAUUGAAAUUUGUUAAUCUUGUUAGUGUACGACUUUCAAAACGCAAUAAACGUAGAAAACAGUAUUCGUAAUUCGUAUUUGGGAAGUCCAUUGGAAAUACUGUAUGAAAAUGAGGGUUUUAUGUGUCAUCAUCUUGUUUAUUGCCCUGUCCAUGGGUGAAGCUGUUAAAUUACAAAGAGAAACCUUAGAAAAAGUACCUUCAGUAAGCAAAACACUGGAGAGUGUUGGAACUUCGAUCAAAGUUAUAAAAAAAAAAUGGGGUGCUUCAGAAGCAGGUCCAACCACUGAGGAACUUAAAAACUACAUGGAUGCUCAGUACUAUGGACAGAUUACCUUGGGAACUCCACCACAGAAAUUUAAUGUUGUAUUUUACACUGGUUCAGCUAAUCUAUGGGUCCCAUCAACCCAUUGCCAUCUAACCAACUUGGCUUGCUUGCUUCAUAGCAAGUAUAAUGGAGGAAAAUCACAAACAUACAAGGCUAAUGGAACAGAUUUUGCUAUUCAGUAUGGAUCUGGAAAAUUGUCUGGCUAUUUGUCUACUGAUACGCUCGGCUUGGGCGGAGCCCUGGUGAAAGAUCAAACGUUUGCCGAAGCAAUCAGUGAGCCCUCUCUCACAUUCGUCGCAGCCAAAUUUGAUGGCAUCUUGUGAAUAGAAACGUAAGUGAACCAGUCGUUGGACCUCCCACAAACAACGUAGCAGAGAUACAGGCUGCAACUAAAGCAAUUCAAGUGGCCCAAAAUUGUGGUAUUUCAAAACUACAAAUAAAUACCGAUUCUCAAUUCUUGAUCAAGUGCAUCACGCAGUGGAUGCCCAAAUGGCAAAAGAAUGGCUGGAAACUUAGUACCGGAGGUGACGUAAAAAACAAGGAACAGCUGGAAGAGCUCAAUAACAUGUUGAAAAAGAGUAUCAACAUAAAAUGGAAUUAUGUCAAAGCCCACAAAGGGAUUGAGGGAAACGAAUAUGCUGACAUGCUCGCCAAAGCAGGAGCAGCUAAUUACAAGAUCAAGACCAACACUAAAGAUAAUGUCAGAUUUAAGCCUUACUGAAUGGUUUUAAGAGAAAGUCAUUUGUUGUGAUGUAAAAUUCUGCGCUAUUGAUUUCCAAUGCUGAUUGAAAAUAUAAAAUUUCGACAAAAAAUUUCCGUUAAAUCGCAGGAUAAAA